AUGUCAGACUGCCCGGCCUUUCCGCCUCUCGAUGGGUUAAUCCCUGUACUCCCCGGGUUCGCUGACUUCCACGCUGAGCAUAACGCUGAUAAGCCGUGGGUUCUGUGGCCAUCGCAAGAGGGGUCGAAACCUGGCUCGAUAUCCUUCUUACAGUUCGCGAAUGCAACGCACAGGAUUGCACAUAUGCUCCGGCCCAACAGAGGGGGACCGGAAGGCGAAGUUGUUGCCAUCCUCAUUAAUUGCGAUUCUGUAUUGUAUCUCGCUCUCAUUGUCGGCCUUGUUCGCGCUGGUUUUGUGCCCUUCCCAAUGUCUCCCAGGAACGGCAUCCCAGCUAUCCUCAAUAUGCUGGAAAUAACCUCUUGUCAUCGCAUCAUCUCGCAGCCGGAGUUUGCACCACUUGUGUCUGCUGUCAAGACGCAGCUUGGUGAGAAGCAGUACGGCCUCGGAGUCGACAGCUUGCCCGGCCUGCUCGAGAUAUUCCCUGACCUGAACAAGAACGGCCGUGUCGCACCGUGUACGCCGUAUCCGAGGGCGAGCAAACCCCACGACAUGGAGGAUAUUGUUCUCUAUCUGCACUCCUCGGGCUCGACAGGCCUUCCUCGGGCUAUACCUCAGAGGCAGAUCAACAUCCUACAUUGGUGUAACAGCGACGUCCUGCUUGACUGGAGGCAUAAGGACGUAUUAUGGGGUGUAAUGCCACUCCCAACGUUCCACACCUUCGCGUUCAUGAUGCAACUAUACGCACCGCUUGUCAACGGACGACCAGUCGGAUUGUACGCUCCGAGGGCUCCUGCGCCGCCACCGGUUCCAUCACCGAAGAACGUUCUCGACGCUUGUAGAGCUCUCAGAUGCAAUGCUAUCGCAAUUGUUCCGGCCUUUAUAGAGACUUGGGCGAAAUCAGCGGAGGAUGUUCAAUACCUUGCAUCCCUGCGUUUCCUGGGUUAUGCCGGAGGGCCUCUGUCAGCCGAGACAGGUUCACGCCUCCACAACGCCGGAGUUAAACUCUGCGCCGGCUAUGGCGCCACCGAGUUCGGAAACCACACGCGCCUGUUGGAUGCGGACGACUCGCAGGGCCCCGAUGCGCCGGUCAAGACCAGCGCGGACUGGCAGUGGUUCACAUUCUCGGACUACGUCAAGCUACGAUGGGUCCCAGAGGGUGAUGGGACGUACGAGCUGCAGUUCUUGACUUGCCCGACCCACCGCCCCAGCGUGGAAAAUCUACCUGACACAAGGGGCUAUGCCACCAAGGAUUUGUGGAUACCGCACCCUUCCAAGUCUGGACUAUGGAAAAUUGUUGGCCGUAAGGACGACGUGAUAGUCCUCGGUGCUGGCGAGAAGGUUGUUCCUCUCCCUCAGGAGGGCGUCUUGAAUGCACAUUCUGCCGUAACAGGAGCGGUCAUGUUUGGCAGGGGGAGGGCUCAGUGUGGGGUGCUCGUAGAAGUUGGGCCUGGAUACGAGGGUAACCCGCAGGAUCCUGUCUACGUGGAGCGAACCCGGGAUUUGAUUUGGCCCGCCGUCCAGGAAGCAAAUGCGAAAGCUCCUGCGUUCGCGCGCGUCUUUAAAGAGAUGAUUUUGGUUGCGGAUCCUGGCAAGCCUUUACCCCGAGCGGCAAAGAGCACAGUCAUACGCAAGCAGGCGCUAGACCUUUACGAAGUCGAAAUUGAGCAAUUGCAAGUAUAUGAAUCAGCGAAGGAGAGUGCUCCUUCCGAUGGUAUCCCUCCUCCGGCAUCGUGGUCUUCGCAAGAUAUUGAACAAUGGCUGGUCGAGCUUUGUACAAGCAUAAAAGACGGCUCUCGUAUCUCUGCGUCGAAAGACAUCUUCAACCAAGGCUUCGAUAGUCUACACGCUGCAGCUCUCAGGAACCGCAUCAUCGGCGCUCUCCGGUCUAGUGCGGACCCUUCCGCCCAGGACGCAGUCCACCAAGUCUCUCAGAACUUCGUGUUCAGCCAUCCCACGCUGAGAAAGCUGGCCAACGCGAUCUCCCAGCUGGUCAACGAAGGCCAGGAUUCUGCAAGACGAACCGCCGUAGAAGAAGUCCAGAUGAUGCUUGACACUUAUUCGCGGGAUCUUCCAACCCCUAUUCGUACACAUUCCAUCAGCCGCGCUGGCGCCGUCGUCUUGUUGACGGGGUCGACGGGGAACGUAGGAUCGCACAUGCUUACUACGCUCCUCCAAGAGCCGGCGGUCCAUCGUGUUUACACGCUUAACCGGCCUUCUGCUGCGGCCAAGGAGCGGCAGAGAAAAGCAUUCGCCGAGCGAGGCCUUCCGAUAGAACUGCUUUCUAGCAAUAAACUCGUCCAGCUCUUCGGCAAUGCGACAGAUGAGCGACUCGGUCUUGAGCAGGUGGUCUUCGAUGAACUGAAGUUGAACGUAACGCAUGUCAUCCACAAUGCGUGGCGCGUCGACUUCAAUCUUUCUCUACCGUCUUUUGAGACGCACGUCUCAGGGACGCGGCGGCUCAUCGACUUUUGCGCGUCAUCGGAGUGCUCCGCCAGGCUCAUCUUCGUCUCCUCUGUUUCUGCUGCUCAAGACUGGGACGUCUCCAAAGGGCCUGUGCCAGAGGAGCCGCUUUCUGACCCUGCGUUGUCUGUGAGCACGGGAUACGGGUCGUCCAAGUUCGUGGGAGAGAACCUCCUGGCCCGAGCGGCUGAGCGCGGGCUCUCCUGCAUGUCGCUGCGUGUCGGGCAGGUGUGCGGCUCAGCAUCAACUGGAGCAUGGGGGACCAGCGAGUGGGUACCCAUCCUGGUCAAAUCGAGCAUUGCCAUGGGCAAGCUGCCCGAACUCGAUGGGGUUGUGUCAUGGAUUCCGAUGGACGCGGUGGCAAACGUCGUCAAAGAUGUCGUGCUGUCGGAGGACAAGCUGCCCGCGUUGAUCAACGCCGUCCACCCACGUCCGGUCCCCUGGAAGCAGGUCGUGGAAGACAUCAACUUGUGUCUGUACGACCGUCCUCUGAACGUUGUGCCGUAUGGCGUGUGGCUCGAAGAGCUCGAGCGUGCAGCAAGUAAUGCAACCACGGAGGAUUUAGAGCGCAUACCCGCUCUCAAACUGUUGGACUACUUCCGGGCCUUUGGCGUCGACCGGCGUCGUCUGUACGAUGUCCCAGAAGAUGUCGUUCUAGAAGCUGGAGGCUUCUCGACGUACGACAAUUCCAAGCUGAGGACAUUAUGUCCAUCGGUACAGAAGCUAUCUCAGAUUAACGAGCGGCACGCGCGGGCGUGGAUAGGGUACUGGAGGAGGGCUGGCUUCCUUAAUUGACUUGGAUAAUCCGAAAGAUUAGCUUGUAUACAUGUAGAGUCCUCAAAAUCUGCCGAGCUCGAUUCGCAUGUACGAACCUCAGGUUGCCACAGUUCCGUUCCCUCUCUCUUGGAAGGUGUUCGCAGAGACCGUGCAAGCACGAUCAGUAAGCAAGGGAAUGAAUACCUGUUAAUGACUUGUUCUCG